AUGGCGGGCAACACGGGCAUGGAACAAUUGAUCCCGAUCGUGAACAAACUGCAGGAUGCGUUCACGCAGCUCGGCGUGCAUAUGCAACUCGAUCUGCCGCAGAUCGCAGUGGUGGGCGGCCAGAGUGCGGGCAAGAGUUCCGUGCUCGAGAACUUCGUCGGCAAAGAUUUCUUGCCCAGAGGUUCUGGCAUUGUGACAAGGAGACCACUCAUCUUGCAGUUGAUUAACUGUUUAACUGAAUAUGCAGAAUUUUUGCAUUGCAAAGGUAAGAAGUUUGUAGAUUUUGAUGAAGUGCGAAGAGAAAUUGAAUCUGAAACAGACAGAGUGACUGGAAGUAAUAAGGGCAUCUCUAAUGUACCAAUUAAUCUUAGAGUAUAUUCACCCAAUGUCUUGAAUUUAACAUUAAUUGAUUUACCUGGACUUACAAAAGUACCAAUCGGAGAUCAGCCAGCAGAUAUAGAGGCCCAAAUUAAAGGGAUGAUAUUUCAGUUUAUCAAACGUGAAAAUUGUCUUAUAUUGGCAGUUACACCAGCCAACACUGAUUUGGCUAACAGCGAUGCUCUUAAACUCGCUAAGGAGGUGGAUCCACAAGGUGUACGUACAAUUGGCGUUAUUACUAAAUUGGAUCUCAUGGAUGAUGGUACUGACGCAAGAGAUAUUUUGGAAAAUAAAUUAUUACCAUUGAGAAGAGGUUAUAUUGGUGUAGUCAAUAGAAGUCAAAAAGAUAUAGAAGGACGGAAGGAUAUAAAAAAUGCUUUAGCUGCUGAGCGAAAGUUCUUUCUCAGUCAUCCAUCUUAUCGUCAUCUAGCAGACAGGUUGGGUACGCCAUAUUUGCAGAGAGUUUUGAAUCAACAGUUAACAAACCAUAUCAGGGAUACCUUGCCAGCUCUAAGAGAUAGAUUACAAAAGCAGCUAUUAACUUUAGAGAAAGAUGUCGAGCAGUAUAAACAUUUCAGACCUGAUGAUCCUGCAAUCAAAACGAAGGCUAUGUUACAGAUGAUACAGCAACUUCAGUCAGACUUUGAGAGAACUAUAGAAGGCUCAGGUUCAGCACAAAUUAAUACUAAUGAACUCAGUGGUGGCGCGAAAAUUAACAGACUUUUCCAUGAACGUUUCCCGUUCGAAAUUGUUAAAAUGGAAUUUGAUGAGAAAGAAUUAAGGAGAGAAAUUGCUUUUGCCAUCAGAAAUAUACAUGGUAUCAGGGUAGGAUUAUUCACCCCAGAUAUGGCUUUUGAGGCAAUAGUCAAGAAGCAAAUAAAUAGACUUAAAGAACCAAGUCUUAAAUGUGUAGAUUUAGUUGUGCAAGAACUUAGUAAUGUUGUACGCAUUUGUACAGAUAGGAUGUCGCGUUAUCCUAGACUAAGGGAAGAGACAGAACGUAUCAUAACGACGUACGUUAGGCAGCGCGAACAAAUGUGUAAAGAGCAGUUGAUUUUGUUGGUUGAUUGCGAGCUCGCAUACAUGAACACUAAUCAUGAAGAUUUUAUCGGUUUUGCAAACGCUGCAGCCAGUAGCCAUAAUGCAAGUGCACAGCAAUCGUCGGAAAAUUCUGUUAAAUCUGGACGGCAUACAUUAGGCAACCAAGUAAUUCGCAAAGGCUACAUGUGCAUACAUAAUCUCGGUAUUAUGAAGGGCGGUUCAAGAGAUUACUGGUUUGUUUUAACAUCAGAGAGUAUCUCCUGGUUCAAGGAUGAAGAAGAACGUGAAAAGAAGUACAUGCUGCCUUUAGAUGGAUUGAAGCUGCGUGAUCUAGAACAAGGUUUUAUGUCACGACGUCAUUUAUUUGCGUUAUUCAAUCCGGAAGGGAGAAACGUAUAUAAGGAUUACAAGCAACUGGAGUUGAGUUGCGAAACUCAAGAUGAUGUUGAUUCUUGGAAGGCCUCUUUCCUGAGGGCUGGUGUGUAUCCCGAAAAAUCGACAGAACAAGCGAAUGGCGAAGGAGAGGAAGGAUAUGAGGGUGAAAUAGAGGGUCAAUCAUCAAUGGAUCCCCAAUUGGAGCGUCAAGUGGAAACUAUCAGGAAUUUAGUAGAUUCUUACAUGAAGAUUGUUACGAAAACUACUCGUGAUCUAGUUCCAAAGACAAUUAUGCACCUUAUUAUUAAUAAUGCUAAGGACUUUAUUAAUGGGGAACUGUUGGCACAUCUUUAUGCGAGUGGUGAUCAGUCUUCCAUGAUGGAAGAAUCCCCUGAAGAGGCGCAGAAACGGGAAGAGAUGUUACGCAUGUAUCAUGCAUGCAAAGAGGCCCUUCGUAUUAUCGGAGAUGUCUCCAUGGCCACUGUUUCAACUCCAGUACCACCACCCGUAAAGAACGAUUGGUUGGCAUCAGCCGAGAAUCCAAGUCUUGGAUUAUCACCACCAUCUCCUGGUGGUCCAAGACGCGGAGUGACACAGCCACCACCUCUUUCUAGCUCACGAGCACCACCACCAGUACCUGCAGGCGGUCGACCCGCACCAGCCAUUCCUAAUAGACCUGGUCCGGGUGGACCACCACCAACUCGAGCUAACCCUGGCCUACCUCCACCUAUGAUACCAUCUCGAGGGGGUGGUCUACAGCAGAGGAUGACGCAAGCUGCGACACAGGCUGCGACGCAGGCCGCCGUGCACGAGCUGAUGGAUGCGUUCAAGAUCAAGCGUCCCGUACCCAAUAUUCCUCCCCGAAUUCCCGACAGACCAUUCUCCGGCAGACUAAACUGAGCUAGUCCGACAGCAGCGGGAUAUGAGACAAUACCUCGUAUAUCUGUGACAAUCCAAGACAGCAUCAGGAAAGAUCUUGUUCGAAUGACCAAUGACAGGCCACGACGAAAGCGGAAGGUUGGCAGGAGAAAUCCCCAUUUUCGCGAUGAAGAUAAGAAGUUCUCCUAAAAUCAAUAUUUCGUCCCCUUGAUCUCAACGGCCUCGACAUCAAUUUGUUGACGUUUGCUGAUAGAGACAAGGAUCAGAACCGAAGAGGAGGCAUUCACGCAGAGAGAAGGAGGAAGCAAGGCUGUGUUAUAUGAAUACUAAAGAAGAAAGAGGGACCAAGAAACGAACUAGAGGCAGAAAAACGGCUCGUCUGUUUCUCGAUGGUCAGGACAGCCAGAGGGAUCUCCCCAUCAGUCACUUCUUCAAACGUUUUCUCUGAUAUAUACUUUGUUUUCUACCUUUAUUUAUAUACAACUAGAUUCGCGAUAUAGAUUACGUUUAAUUCUAAUAAUAAGUAUUAACACCGUGUGCUCGAUAUGCGCCAGGUGUCUUCUUUUUUAAGGAAGUAACUUUGUUCAAAACGGCAGUAGAAAUCUCUUACGACAAGAAGGACAAUCCAGAUGCGUUUUUAUCAAUUUUGUUCAAUGAUUCAAAAAUUAUUUGAAAUCACGAUAUUAUCAGUAUUAAAAACGAGUUUAUUAGCUAUUAAUUAUUCAUAAUGAGAAAUAAUAGUGCGAGAGUCCAGUUUCUCGAGAAAUAUCGAAGGUGCAGUAUUACUGUAUAACUUAAUUUCGAUUAACAAUCUAUAAUCAUAAAAUUGCCAAACGGAUAGUGUAAUAUUAGUUUUUUAUAGAUACUUCUUACAAAUAUUUCCUAUUUUCUGUCUGCGUAUUCGAUAUAUAUCGUAUCCUUCUUAUCGUAAGUUUUGUGACAUAAUUGUAAAAACAAUUUGUUCGUGUACGAGACGAGUAUGGGCAACCCGAUUACCUCGAUUGUAAAAGAGCUAAUUAGAACAGAAGGACAAAGCCACGUUUUGCAGAGAAAAAACGGGGAAUUUUCUAUUUGAAUAUGGUAUCAGCAUUCCAGAGAACGUCGAGAUUUUGCAAUUGUACAAAAUAACGCAAAAAUAUAAAUUAUUGUGAUCAAUCCA